AUGGAUAAGACCUACACAAGUUUGUCUUCUGCUGUUCUAAGUCGCAAGUUUGUUGAGUCUUGCAUCUUUGGUUCAGACAAUUUACCAAGAAUUCUUCUGAUGUAUUUUGCAAACAUGCCCUCCUCACAAACCAACUACUUCCAAACUGCUCUCUGUAAUUCACGGGAGUUCAACAAGACUAUUGUUAACCACAACUUGCAAUAUAUGUUAUGGGAUAACCCCCCUAAACAGAAGCCACGCGCACUGGGUUUGAGUGACUUUGAUGACAUGAUUAAAAGUGGAGCAGCCUUUGGUACGCCAUUCCCCUUGGAUGAUCCAGUUCUUGACCGCAUUGACAAAGAGAUAUUGAAUCGUGGUGCUGGUAGGAUUGCCCCUGGGGGGUGGUGCUUGGGUGAGUCAGAUGAUCCAUGCUCACUGUGGGGGGAUGCCAAUGCUUUGUGGCCUGGUCAAGGAUCUAGAAGGCUCGAGAAACGCCUUGUUGAACUGCUCUCUAAGGAGGCAUUCCAUUCUCAUCAAUGUAUAACUGAAUGA